AUGAAAUCAGACAAAGAUUUGGAGAAAAACUUUACCAGAAAAAAGGAUGCCAAGGGAAGUGACUUUAAAAAAAAGUUACCACCGGAUGGUUUUCGAGCAAUUGUGAGAUGGGGACAUAAUGGGAUUCCAACCGGACAAUGGGCUAAUAACUUCAGCUCAUACCUUGGAUGUUUGAUACGGAGGAGUGAUAAUGUGAAUCCUUAUUACGAGGCUUGGGAGCAGCCAUUUCAUGUCCUGGAGAGUAUAUAUCGAGAUUGUUGGAGAUAUUUCAACAUCGAAGACAAUCCCGUAGGGUGGGAAUUUUUAUUUGGAUACAUGGGAAAGUUCAAGCAUUCUCUUCGGGAGUGGAGACAUGAGAUAAAGAAGAAAUGCUUUGAUUGUUUCACUCACAACUGGGAGAGGAUAUACAAGCGAGAUAAGAGGGUUGAGCCUGAGCACUUAGCUGCACUUAUAAUAUUGUGGGGCCAAGAGGAGCACCAGGAAAAAUGUAGGAGAAAUAAACUUAAUCGAUGGAAAAAAGAUUAUGAUCAUCAUACGGGGACUACUUCAUUUGUCCAGAUUGAGGAUCAAUUUUGUAGGACAACGAACGCUCCCUUUAUCCCACUACCAGAACUGCACAGGAGAACGAUGGUUCAAUUUAAGAAGGGGUACGAUGACGAUGAGACUAAGAAACAAAAGCUAGAAUUGGCCAAGAAAAUGCAGGAAGCUCUGGAAAACACAUAUUCUAAGGUUGUUGCACAGAGCCAAGAGCCCCUGACUAGAGAGCAGAAUUAUAAUGUGAGCCAUUUAGUUUGUGGACUUCCUAAAAAAGGGAGGACCAGGUGGAUGGGAGUUGGAGCUCAGAGGGUGUCUACACAAUUCCAGCCUCCGCCGAUUUCAACACCCUCGACUAUGCCAUCGGGGCCCUCUUACAUGCCGCAGGAGGAUUGCACUCAGCAGGCGAUGCAGCUUGUUUCCUCUGUGAUGAAUAUGUUAGAUGGUCAGAUUCCCGAGGAGAUGUGGGAGGAUAUUCAAGAGGAGCUUAUGCGAGUGAUCCAGCCUACUGCUACUUUUGCGAUGGUUUCUAGGCAAAUAAUAAAAUCUUGUAGAAGGUGGGUUCCUACUUGGGUGCAAAGCCAGAUUAUGAACUUCUUGGCCACUCAAAAGGAGGAUGUGCCAAAGAUACCGCUAAUGCCGCCAAUGCAUCUGCAUAUGCGUUCUGGAGACGCGAGAGGUCAUACUGGGAUAGGAGUAGGGCCCAUCUCGCUAACCGCAAAUUCAUUAAAGCUGGUUGUGUCAUGA